AUGAUGUGCGAUUGUGUUGCACUUAGCCCGCGGCCUAAUCCGCCAGGCUCGCACUCCUCGAUACCCGACCGAGCCAAAGUUCUUUCUAGCCUCUCACGCGUUACGAAGCCCCCGACCAGCGCCAUCAUCACAAAGACACCUAUCGAUGGAGGAGAGACAGACAUGGCUGAGCAGAUGAAUGAUGCAGUGCGCUCGCAAUUCGUGUCUGGAGCACGUCUUGGUGAAGGAACGUACGCUAUCGUGUACGCAGGUCACUAUCGCCAGGAUCCUAGCAGGCUAGUCGCUAUCAAGAAGAUCAAGCUCAAUGCCGACUUCAAAGACGGCAUUGCUAUGGACGCCAUUCGCGAAAUCAAGUUUCUCUCCGAGCUCUCGCAUCCAAACAUCAUAAAACUGCAUGCUGUCUUCAGUACAAAGGACCAGAACCUGUCGAUCGUGCUUGAGCAUCUGCCCCUGGGCGAUCUCGAAGGCCUAUGGAAGAAUAAGAGCAUUACAUAUAGCAACGCCGACAUCAAGGCCUGGUCCAAUAUGCUGUGUCAAGCCAUUUGGUUCUGCCACGCCAACCACGUCCUUCACCGCGAUAUCAAGGGAAACAACUUGCUCAUCGCCGCUGAUAACACGGUCAAGUUGGCAGAUUUCGGUCUCGCGCGCUCCUUUGCGGAUCCAGGCGCAAAAAUGACCUCGAACGUAAUCACACGCUUCUAUCGCCCGCCAGAGCUCCUCUACGGAUGUUAUCACUACGGCGGUAACGUUGAUAUGUGGUCUGUUGGUUGUGUGAUCGCCGAGCUCGCACUGCGCCAGUUCUUUCUCCCCAGCGAGACAGAUAUGCAGCAAGUUGCCGUCAUAGUAGACGUCUUCGGUACGCCUACUGAAGAAUCCUGGCCCGGCGUGGGCUCAUUGAGGUACUAUCAGCCUCCACCGAAUCGCAGCGCUGUCAAGCUGCCGCAGCCGCUGAACUGGUGGAGAGGUCGUUUGCCAUUACUGGGUGAUGACGGUAUUGACUUGGUGAGAGGAAUGUUGACAAUGGAUCCUCAGAAGCGAUUGACAGCUGAACAAGCACUCAAACAUCGCUACUGGACAUCUGCCCCGCGACCUACAAAGAAGGAGAACCUUCCCAAUGAGGGUGGAGGUGUGCAGAAAGAAGCCGAGGAUCUGAAGAGAAGGGCAAGAGAGACCCCUGCAGGUGCCAGCAGAGUCGACAAGGUAGCAAGGAAGCUAGACUUCGGUGGCAUGUGA